UGGUGCCCCAGAUACAUGGGUCAACAAAAGAUUCAUGAGAGGCUAAUCUGGUUUCAGACAUCGCCUUUUCCCGCCAGUCUCGAGAGGAGCCAGAGUCGCCCAGCGUUCUCCGCCUGGCGCCCCACCAGCACGAUGGUUGGGUCCGGAGGCCACGCCCCCUCGGUCCCUUCGGGUGUUUCUGUCCUCCCGCGCGCGAGCCCCCAAGUACCGCUCGCUUUUCCCCAAACGGCGCAUUGGGCUUCCUCUCACCCUUCCACGCGGCGCAUAUCUAAACCAUUCCCGACUCCCUUCAUGGCGUCGCUUCUGUGCUGUGGGCCCAAGUUGGCCGCCUGCGGCAUCGUCCUCAGCGCUUGGGGAGUGAUCAUGUUGAUAAUGCUCGGAAUCUUUUUCAACGUCCAUUCCGCUGUGCUAAUUGAGGACGUUCCCUUCACGGAGAAAGAUUUUGAGAAUGGCCCCGAGAACAUAUACAACCUUUACGAGCAAGUGAGCUACAACUGCUUCAUCGCUGCGAGCCUUUACCUCCUCCUUGGAGGCUUCUCUUUCUGCCAAGUUCGGCUCAAUAAGCGCAAGGAAUAUAUGGUGCGCUAGAGCACAGUCGUUUUUACCGUCUUCAGCCCCCUCCUCUAUUUAAAGACUCGCCCCACCCUCUCAUGAUCCCCCAUUCUGGUGCCCUCUGCGGGACUCGCGUUCCCUGGCGAGAGAUUGAAUGCCUGUUCUCCAAUCUCUGGUGCCAGGCCCCAGUGGAGGGAGGCUGGGACUGGCCGUCACCUCCAGCUCCCUCGCUUUGUCCCGUACCACAAUAAAGAGAAACUGCUCUCUUAAA